CCAGCCCGAACCAGGAGGAGAACAACAAUGCCACAGCCGCCCCGGAUCGAAGGAUGAUGAUGAGGCACAGGACCCGGACAGACAGAAUGGUAUCGUCACCGCCAGGCCAUCAUGGUUCCCGGAUCCCUUCUUCUGUCUCCAUCUCCAUCCCUGUCCGUGUCUCUGUCUCAGGAAGGCCGACACUAACGGUGCAUGCCAAUACGCUUUCGCAGGUCUGGGGAGCCAACCCCCGAGAGUACUGGCUGGGUCGUUUCAUGACGCUCACCAACGCCUUUCAUUACGAGGACUCCUUCCAGGAGCCGGAUGUCGCGACGGGGUUUGGCAUGCUGUCUAGCUAUUCGAGGCCGUUGGGCGACUCCGAUGGGGACCUUGUGAGUUAUCGGAUUAAGCGCGCGUUUAUGGUGCUGGAAAACGUAUGCGUGACGGACGAGGCGAGUAGGAGUCUUCGAGACUUUCGAAACGACUAUGUUCGCUUCUAUGGGGGUCGGUGGAUGAACUAGAUAAAAAGUGGUUUGUGGUGACAGCGUGUAUGCGAGGAGUUGCGGCGUUUGAGCCAGAAGCUACGGCAUUUGGUUG